CUUUGUAUCGUCUGCCCAAAAGUGUUCGCUAAGCAGAUGGCAGCUACGACUUCGCGGAUUUCUCCCACUUUCUUGAUCAGCAAAUUCGUUAGAUAAUUGAUUUUCAAGAUGUAAUCCAGAGGGCUAAAGAGUGGGUUGGCAAGGAAGAAGGUUUUCAAUAUGCGUUUUGAGGUUCUUGCUGCGGGCGGUUUGACGAUUGUUUUGCUCUGGCAGCUCGGAGUUUUCCAUGCAAUUUUCCGCGCUGUUUUUUCAACCAUCCUAAACGUUAUCGCCUCUUUGCUCGGCAUCCUCACAGGAUUAUCUUUGUACCUUGGCUCAGGGAAGCACAGAGAGCCGAAGAACCCGAAGCAGUCAGAAAAGGUGAGACGUAUAUCGCGCGUCCUUGAACAGAAAACUGUGAACAGCACACAACGACCUUACAAGCACAAGACUCUGGUAUCAAGAUCCAUCGACCAAUCGAUCCAGGAGGUCUUUGAUUUUUUCGUCCGCGAUUUUUGCUUAUCUUGGUUCAGGGUUCUAGGAAAAGAUGAAGCCGCAUUUGUUGACUUGAUGACUGAAGAACUAUGGGCAAUUACUAGCAAUGUUGUUGAAAGGUUAAAAAAUGUUGAUAAAGUGAAUUUCCUAUCUAGCGACCUCGUUGAUAUUCUGACCAACCAUUUCCAGAGCUUGCGGUUAGCAGAUCAAAGAAACUCUCCAGAAACUGCUGAAGCAUUUGUUUUACAUCACUGUCUUACAAGCAAAAAAGCUGAGCUAGACUACCUCAGGAAGAUUUCAGAUGUCAUAUUGUAUUGUUUUCUGUCUGAGAGGAAUUCCCAAUGUCCAGAAAUGAGAGUUCUUCUUAGGGAGAUUCUAGCAUACAGUGUGUUCCAGCCGCUGGCUGACAUGUUAUGUGACCCUGAUUACAUCAAUCAGACCGUUUUGAUUUACUUGGAGGCGAAAGAGACUUUGACAGCAAAACACAAGCCUCGCUACGCUUACGCUGAGACUUAUGAAGACUUCAUUCGUAUGAUAAACACAUGCAAUUCAGUAGAGGAACUCAAGCAGAUCAGGUAUCAUAUUAUUGCUGAAAUAAUGCAAGCAACCACUAUUAAUAACCUGCGUGGGAUAGAGAAACAAAAUCAACAAACCGACAAUCAACCACUGAACAAGGAUGCCCAGCUAAGGACUCGCAACUUAAAAAGAUAUAUCAACCAAUGUACUGUGGCCAAGGCACAGUGUGAGAAGAGAAUCAAACUCCUGGGUGGUCCAGAUUAUACUUCCCAUAACCAAGCAGAAAACAAGCCUAGCACAACUCCAGAACAGAAACCUAAGCCAACAAACAAAGUCACAGGUCCAACCAAGAUGCUGAGCUUUGCUGAGAUCAUGGAUAACAGUCUGGCAAGAAGCUUUUUCAUGUCUUUUUUACAGAACCACACCCACAGUAGAAACCUACUCAGUUUCUGGAUGGCCAUAGAGAACCUGCGCCUGGUCAAGCCAGCGGAGAUAGUCAAAAGCACCCAUGAUAUCUAUCAGGUCUAUGUGGCACCGUCAUCAGACAAAUCUAUCAUGCUGGACACUUCACUGGUGCGAGACAUGGAGGGAUUUUUGAAUGGGACGGAGGGGCUGCAGAGCUUUUUUACAGCUCAAAAGAAAGUCUAUCAACACCUUGAAGAGAAGUUUUACAGAAGGUUUGUAUUGAGUCAGGAGUACUUCAUGUUUGUCUGUCAGCUGGAGGCUGAAAUGGAUGAUCUACGAGCACAGCAGAAGGAUGAGGACAACAUUGAGCUGAACUGGAACGACAGGGUGGAGGGCAGUAAUGAUGAGGAGGAUGGUGGGAAAGGAGACUCGACUGUCAAGUCAGGACGCAAGCACAGCACUAUUGAAGAAAGGAGUGAGUCUAUCGUGAAGAAGCUGGAAGUAUUGGAUCAAAGGCUUGCUGCUAAGACCCAUCAAAUGGAAGUGAUGAAAAGAAGUUAUGGUGCAGAUGCAGAGGAGUUAAAAAAAAUAGAACAAGAAAUAAAUAUCCUGAAUACUGAGAGACGACACCUAGAGUUUCAUAUUGAAAGGACAGAUCGCUGGUGUGAAAAUAUUGGAAACUGGAAUGUGCAGAUUGAAGGUGUAGAGUGGAAUAAUGAAGAUGACAAGUGGAUCCCAUUGUACGUCAUUGUUGUACACUGCUCUCCCAUCAACCUACCCAUCUCACCAUCUGGGGCAUCACCUGACAGACUUCCUGGUGCUACGUCUGAGGGUUGGGUUGUCACCAGGAAGUUCAAUGACUUCAAGAUUCUUCAUGCUAAACUAAAAGAGUGUUCAUCAAAGUUACCAAAUGAACUGCCUGCUCCUGCCAAGAAAUGGUACAAGUCUCUUGAUGACGAGUUCCUCAACAAGUCCCGUCUUGCUCUGGAGCAGUACCUACAGAGCCUACUAGCUGAUGAGACUUUAUGUCUCAGUGAGGAACUGUACUCCUUUCUCAGUCCUAGUCCAGAACACCUCAGGAAACAAACUGAGCCGGCCAAGAAAGCAGGGUUUUCCCUCAUGGCAGUCUUAAAAAGCUUGCCGAUCCCAAGUGAUGACACCGACGAGGACUCUGGAAUCGACCAAGAAGACAGCUCGCUCCCAAAGGACUCUAUUGCUGAGCCAUUCUAUGCAUUGAUUGGUGAAGUGUUUGAGUUAAAAGGAGUUUUUCGUCUGCUGAGGAGAACUCUAAUUGCCUUCGUCCAAAUAACCUUUGGUGGUACAAUCAACAAGGAAAUUCAAGAAAUGCUUGAAUGGUUGGUGUCAGAGUCCAUGAUUGUGUAUUACAUCCACACAUUCCGGGACUCACUGUGGCCUGCGGGUCAAUUGGCAAAGACGGCCCCUAUCAGAACAGAUGAGGAAAAACUUGAGACAAAGAUCCGAGCCAUGGACCAUCUAUUAAAAGAUAUCCCAGAGGUUUUACAGAAUUUGGUUGGAAAAAAGAACAGCAGGCUAGGAACCAUUAAAGUUUUUGAAGCUUUUCAAGAUGUCAGAGUGAACAAACAUCUGUUCUAUGUUUUAUUGGAAAUGUGUAUCUUCACGAUUUGCCCAGAAGUCAAAUCAGAAAAGGUCUUAGAGAGAGUGAAAGAGUUAAGAAGAGAGAGAUUGCAAAAAAAGUCUGUAGACCCUUAAUCAAGGGACAGUUAUUUAUUUAAGGAAAAUAUAUUGAUAAUAAAUUCUUUAAUAUACAGGAACAAAUUAUGAAUAAUAACAGCAAAUUAAAAACAUUUAUUGUAUGGAAA